UCAAAGCAAGGCAAUCAGCCUCAAGCAGUACUCCUCCUCGUGUGUGUGUGUAUGUGUCUUCUGUUGCACUAGUGAGUACUAGCAGGUAGUGCGCGGCGGCACGCCGCGCCACAUGAAUUUACAAACUAUUUGUUCUUUUUGGUAAUAUUUGGUAACUUGUCCCAAGACUUGAUUCAUUGCAAAGUAGUUCAUACAAGAAAAGAAUACAUCUAGUUGGUACGUGCAUAAGUGAUCUACAGUAGAUAGUGAUAGUGGCUACUGGCCACAGAAUUAUAAAGCUCUUGUUCUUUUUUUAGAUAAGAUGUUGAUCGUCCAGCUGGGUUUGUCUCAGUGAUGUAGUGGUAAAGAGAUGAGGCUAGUUCUUAUGCUUUGGUUCUUGGUGGUUUGUUCCCUAUGUACACAAUGUUGAAGUUGCUUUCAUUUCAUUCAAACUUAGUCCGUUUUGAAUUGAUGAAUGUCCUAGAUCUCGACGGAUUGCAAACUAUCUUGAAAUUAGAGAUAACCUUUUUUAUUUUAAGAAUCCUUGUUUGCCUUGAUUUCUCUGACAGAAUAUAAAGUGGACAUGAGAGCUACUUUGUUUGUUUAAUAAGGUUGUAAACUUAGACGCAUGUAUCUUUAUUUCUUUUCAAACAAAGUGUUUAAACUGAAGUUUUCUUUUUGCUUGACAACUACAAUGAAUUCGGUGCGGUAGAGGAGCGAAAGAUAAAUAGUACAGAAAGAUAAAAGUCAACAUAUCUAUACAUUGUUGACUGGCAGAAUAAGUUUUAAUUAAUCAAAACCAACAUAAGCGAGGUGGGAGGAAGAAUUAAUUAGCAUGUGAGUCACUUCAUAUGAAAAACAAAUUGAGGCUAGGCAGUGCAAAAAAAUGCCGAAUCAACUAAUUGAUAUUAGUUAGUCUGAAGGAGUCGACUGCCUUGUGGCCCAGUUUGGGCGUGAGCCAACCCGACAAAAAAAAGUAAGAUUUAUAUUGUUUUUUAGAAGAAAAUAGGUUAUUUUCUGCUUUUAAUAGUACUUACUUCAUAAAAAUGCCACCCAGUUCAGUGCACUUUCAUUAUCAUGCCAUUUCUUUUUUUUCUUUUCCAUUUUCUAGCACUUGAAAGGACCAAAGUGCCUCUGAUGCUAUCUAACCUUAUCUGAUGUGUGUGGACUGGUUGGAUAAGGAUUGCUCUUGGGCUAGCUCGUCGCCGUACCCCACUGCUGCUUGCGGAAGCCACCGCAUCUCUCCGCCAUAGCUUGCCCACGCGUGUGCGAGCAACCGUAGCUCCCCCGCCGAUGGCCCAUGCCUUGCUGAUGCCUGCGCGAGCCACUGUGGUUCGUCGCCGGUGCUCGUCCAUGUCUGUAGGCGCCGGCGCAGCUCGUCCUCGCCUCGCGGAUACCUACACAAGCCACCGCAGCUUGCCACGGGUUCUCCUCCACGCCCGCGCGCGACAGCGCAGCUCUCCGCGGGUGCUUGCCCUCGCCUGCGCGCAUCGGCGCAGAUCGCCCUCCCCUGCUGGAGAAGCAUUCUAGUGGCGAGACUGGUGCUGAAGAGAAGGUGGAUGCCUUGUGCAGGUCCUGAGCAAGUGGCUUAAUGGCAGCAACGGCCGGAGGAGGAGAUGGAUGCGUGUGCAGGUCCUGAAGGUGUUGAAUGCAAGCAACAUGCCUUCUCUGUGUCGACGGGCCAUAUUAAACUCAUCUUUGUCCGGCAGGACAGUGGAGUGAUUUGGAGACGUACUAAACAUUUCUCUCCUCGGAGAAGAAAUUCCCAACUCCACAAACAGUUGAUGUUCUUCCAGGUCGCUACAGUGAUGGAGUCAAUUCAUUGUGAUGACUUCCGGGUAGAACCAGGGUGGCUUCCUGGCGUCGCCGAGAGUAGCUCUGCCAUUGAGUCGCUGGAUCUACUUGCAAGUAGUGGAGCGCCCUAACUCAUUCAGAUCCGAAACCACGCACACCAGAGGAGAGAAAAGGGAGAUGAAGGGGACCUGUUGCCGGGGCCGAAGUUGGGGAAGACCGAGGGGAGUCGAUUAGGAUGGAGAGCGGCAGGGCAGCGAGAUAUCCAGCGCCAACUGCAAGCGUGCCACCUUGGACCAUGGGAAGGCCACCACCAUGUAUCCGCCUUGGAGGCCAUGGUGUAGCUUGCACGCACCUCCCGGCCGGCCAGAUGGAGCGGCAACCAGGCGCACUAUGGGAUCUUGGGUGGAGGCUGGAGGGCAGCAUCAGGAGGAGAGAUGGGCCUAUAGGUGAGGAGUGGUUUGACACAUAAGAGAAGAACACAGCAAGGAGCUACUUAUAGGCAAGCAAAGAAGGACCCAGAACACAAACGAUGUGCAAACGUGGAACUCCAAACAUGCAAAGGUGGACACAUGCAUGCAUGCAUGAGCCAUGUAGCAGCACACGUAAACCAGCCCAUACAACAUCCCAUGCAGCUAAUAUUUUUUUCUCACAUGAGACAAAAUCAGCCCAUGCAGUCAUACCAUCUUUCCACAUGAGACAAUAUAAGCCCAUGCACCUCUAGAAGAAACAUGCACAGUCCAAGUCAGCAACCAAGAGAGCGAUCAACCAUUUCACGAAAGCCACCGUGUACACGUGUCGCUCAAUCAGCAGGGGUAAAAAAACUUCCAAAAAAACCAGAAAAAUCGAACCCUUACGGGCCUAGUCUUCUUAGUACAUGUGUUACUAGUGAGUUGAGUGCAAGUACUACCACUAGAUAGUCAGGACCCUCUGGUCUCAGUAGUUCUGGGCUAACAAUUGGCAUCAGAGCCUCAGGUUAUGCCGAAGCAUAUGUCGAAAGGAGACGUCGCCGACGACGGUUCCAAGACCGCUGAGCAGAGCUCGGCUGAGGACACCCAUGCGGCAGACACGCUCGCGCUGCGAGGCAGGCCGGGAGGUGAGCUGGGUGCGCCGUGCUCCGUGCGAGACGUGGGCAUGUCCAGUACCUCCUUCCCUCUCCUCACGCGGACCAACUAUCCCAGUUGGUCCAUCCUGAUGAAAGUCAUCAUGGAGGCGCAACAUAUGUGGGAAGCCGUGGAAACCGGCGAUGUCGAGUACGAGGAGGACCGGCUAGCGAUGGAGGCGAUCUUGCGCUCCGUCCCAGAGGAGAUGGUGCUCACCCUUGGCGCCAAGGAGACGGCCAAGGAAGCAUGGGACACCAUCACGACUCUGCGCAUUGGCGUGGAGCGCGUAUGGGAGUCGAAGGCCCAGACCUUGCGCCUCCAGUACGAGGAGCUCCGAUUCAAGGCCGGUGAGCAAGUCGACGACUUCGCCUUGCGGCUGCAAGGUCUCGUCAACGAGCUCGCAACGCUAGGAGAUCACAUCGACAACAAGAUGGUGAUUCUCAAGUUCCUCCGCGUCGUCCCCAGGCAGUACAAGCAACUGGCCUGGUCCAUCGAGAGUUUGGUGGAUCUCUCCACCAUGACGAUCGAGGAGCUGGUAGGGCGGCUGAAGGUCGUCGAGGAGCGCGGCGACGAAGCCGACAACCGUGCUGGCGGCGAACUACUGCUCACCAGGGAGCAGUGGGACGCGCAGCUUCAGCAGCGCGGCCGCGACGGCUCUUCCGGAAGUGGGGGAGGCGCCCCCACGGGAAGCAGAGGUCACGGAAGAGGCGGAGGCCGUGCCCAGAGCGGCGGCGGCAACCGCGGUCGCAAGCCAAGCCAGGCAGGGCGAGGCGCUAGCAACGGUGGCAAGUGCCGCUACUGCAACAUGUCGGGUCACUGGAUCCGGGAUUGCCGCAGGAGGAAAGCCGACGAGGCAGCCGCGGCAAUGACAAACCUCGUCCAAGAUGACGUGGACGGUGGGCCAGCAAUGAUGCUGGCAAGAGUCGAGCCCGUGCAAGAGAGCACGUCUCUCGCGACCACGGCUCCGAAAACCACCCAUUCCGUGUAGGAGGCACGGAACCCAUCCACGGGAACCAUUACUCGAGUGACAGGCCACACCUCGACAACGACGUUCUCGGGGCCUGUCGACUGGGAGGCGAUGAAGGCUCGGGUGUGGGGGAGCCACACCCCAGUGGCGGCGUCCCCGAACUCGGGACCCGACGAGGUCGCGCAAGUUGGCGCGGCAACGACGCAUAUGGCGGACCAUGCUCCGACCAUGAUGCUGGCGACCAUCGACUCCGUGCAGGAGCGCACGAAGACUCAGAUCAGCCACACCCCGACAACAAAGUGUUCGGGGACCACCGUGUUGACGGGAGAUGGCUCACCACGGCAUGUGUGUGCGGCUACGUCUUCCUCAACGAGGAGAGAGCCGUGACCACACGCAUGCUUGCAGGCGGCAAGCAAAGUGAGGGUUGGUUCCUCGACACCGGCACCACGAACCACAUGACUGGUUCGGUCGACGCGUUCGCGGAGUUGGAACGCUCAAUCACCGGGAAGGUGCGGUUCGCGGACGGAUCCGUGGUGGAGAUCCACGGGCGUGGGACCGUCAUCUUCGCCGACAAAGGGGGUGAUCACAGGGCAUUCACGGACGUCUACUUGAUCCCGGCGCUCAAGAGCAGCGUCGUGAGUGUCGGACAGCUCGACGAGGGCUGGUUCGACAUCGGCAUCCGGCGCGGUGUUCUCACCGUGUGCGACCAGCAGAAGAGGCUUCUCAUCGAGGUAACCCGCUCGCCGAACCGCCUCUACAAGUUCUUCUUUCGACCCGUGCAUCCUGUGUGCCUUGCCGUGGGUCAUGCAUGUCUCCGACGCAUGGCGUUGGCAUGCCCGGCUAGGACACCAGCACUUUGACGGGUUGCGGAAGAUGGCGCGAGGCAAUCUCGUUUGCGGGCUACCUCACAUCGAGCACGCCAAUGAGCUGUGUGAUGCGUGUCUUGCGGGGAAGCAGCGGCGUCUGCCAUUUCCCGAGAAGGCACGCUAUCGGGUGCAGAAACCCCUGGAGCUGGUUCACGGGGACCUCUGCGGCCCAAUCACCCCGGCAACGCCAAGAGGGCGUCGCUACAUCCUGCUGCUCGUCGAUGACUAUAGCAGGUUCAUGUGGGUGCUGCUCCUCGCCUCCAAGGAUGAGGUGGAGCGAGCCAUCGUCAAGCAGCAAGCGGCAGCAGAGGUCGAGUGUGGCCACAAGCUACGCGUGUUGCGCACGGACCGUGGCGGCGAGUUCACAUCGGCCACGUUCUACAAGCACUGCACGAGAAAGGGGUGCAACGUCACCUUACAGCCCCUUACUCGCCGCAGCAGAACGGCGUCGUUGAGCGGAGGAACCGGACGGUGCUCGGGAUGGCACGCUGCAUGCUCAAGGCAAUGCAGGUGCCGAGCACGUAUUGGGGGGAGGCCGUGCUCACAGCCGUCUUCAUCCUCAACCGCUCCUUCACAAGGAGCGUCGACGGCAAGACGAUUUAUGAGGCGUGGUACGGGAGGAAGCCAGAUGUGCGCUUCCUCCGCACCUUUGGCUGCGUCGGGCAUGUCAAGACAGCGCGCCCACAGCUGAAGAAGUUCGAUGACAGGAGCACCCUAAUGGUGUUCAUGGGCUACGAGACGGGCUCUAAGGCGUACAAGAUGUACGACCCUAUCUCAAAGCGUGUGCAUGUCUCGCGUGACGUCAUCUUCGACGAAGAUGCGCGAUGGACUUGGGAGGCGUCGGGGGAGGCCCCGGCAAGCAGCUCCUUCACCGUGGAGUACUCGAUGUACUCUACAACCUCGGGAAGCAAGACCUCGGGAAUUGCCACGCCGGGAAGCCCGGGAGGUGUGGAUCCAGGAACUGCAACCCCGAAAACACCGUCCCCGGGUACGGUGUCCCCGGACACCCCGACGUCAAGCAAGGUAGGUCCCGGGAGGCAGUUCGCAACCCCGCCAACGGCGAGGUCGGAGUUGUUCGACGCCGACGACAGCGUUGGCGCCCCCCACAGGUUUGGGCGUAUGGGGGAUCUCCUCGGCGAGGUUGCGGCAAUACCGCAACAACCCGAGGAUGAGGACGCUGAUGACGAUGAGGUCCUACAUCUGAUGGCCGGCGAGGAGCCGACCACGUUCGCGGAGGCCGAGCAAGAGGAUUGCUGGCGCCACGCGAUGCUGGACGAGCUGGCGUCGAUCAAUGACAACGCCACUUGGACACUCACCACACUGCCUGCUGGGCACCGAGCCAUCAGGCUCAAGUGGGUGUUCAAGGUGAAGAAGGACGAGCACGGCGCCAUUGUGAAGCACAAGGCGCGCCUCAUCGCAAAGGGCUAUGUGUAGCGUGAGGGAGUGGACUUCGAGGAAGUCUUUGCUCUGGUGGCAAGAUUGGAGUCCGUGCGGCUCAUCCUUGCCGUGGCCGCUCACUGCGGGUGGGAGGUACACCACAUGGACGUCAAGUCGGCGUUUCUCAAUGGCGACCUUAAUAAGGAGGUGUACGUCUCCCAGCCACCCGGGUUCGUUGCCAAGGGCCACGAGCAGGGCGUGCAUCGACUACACAAGGCCCUGUAUGGUCUCCGGCAAGCCCCAAGGGCGUGGAACGCCAUGCUCGAUGCAAGCCUCACAUCCCGUGGGUUCUCACGCAGCGCUUCUGAGCACGGUGUGUACUCGCGUGGCACCACGAACAUGCUGCUCAUCAUCGGCAUCUACGUCGACGACCUGGUCAUUGCCGGGGCAGAGCCUGAAGAGGUUCAACGCUUCAAGGGAGAGAUGCAUCGUCUCUUCAGCAUGAGCGACCUUGGGCUGCUUCGGUACUACCUCGGGCUGGAGGUGAACCAGGAGGGUGGUCGCAUCACGAUCACGCAGACGGCCUAUGCCACCAAGAUGCUCGAGCGAGCAGGCAUGAAGGACUGCCAUGCCGUGCACGCUCCAAUGGAGGCACGGCUGAAGCUCAGCAAGGAGAGCCCCGAGAAGGCGGUGGAUGCCACACUCUAUCGUAGCAUCAUCGGGAGUCUCAGGUACCUCGUGCACACCCGACCGGACAUCACGUUCGUUGUUGGAUACCUGAGUAGGUUCAUGGAAGCUCCGGCAAGCGAUCACCUCAUUGCCGUCAAGCACCUGCUCCGGUACAUCGCGGGAACGCUCAUGCAUGGAUGCGUGUAUCGUCGUGGUGACGGCGAAAGCUUGGUCGGGUACAGCGACUCCGACCACGCUGGUGAUGUGGACUCCCGGAAGAGCACCUCGGGCAUACUAUUCCUUCUCGGGAAUAGUCCCGUCAGCUGGCAAUCGGUGAGGUAGAAGGUUGUCGCCGUAUCUUCGUGCGAGGCGGAGUACAUCGCGGCAGCUACAUCGGCCUGUCAAGGCAUUUGGCUUGCUCGCCUUCUCGGCGAGAUGCUGAAUCAGGACACCGCCCCUGCGCUCAUCUUCGUCGACAACAAGUCGGCGAUUUCCCUUUGCAAGAAUCCAGUGCUUCACGGCCGCAGCAAACACAUCGAUCUCCGCUAUCACUUCAUACGUGACUGCGUCGAGAAAGGCACGGUUAUCGUGGAGUUCAUCCGGACUGGUGAGCAGAAGCGGACAUCCUGACCAAGUCACUUGGUCGUGUCCGGUUUCAGGAGUUGCGCGACAAGGUUGGGAUCAUCGACACCAAGCUCCUUCGACAAGUUUGAGGGGGAGAAUGUUGUGUCAAACUUGUCUCCGAAGGCUGCAUGUCGGCAACAUGCAUGCACCAGGGUAGUAUUACUUAACUACGAAGGGAGUAGCAGUAAGUUGGCAAGACCAUUUUGGUUUUCUACUAUUGUAGGUCAGCCAUGAUGUCACUUAGGUAAUUGACAUCAGCACGUACGUACUAUAGUCGGUUCAGUAGGCUAUAUAAAGGACCGAUGCCCGUCGCUGUAAGAUCAUUCCAUUCCAAUCAAAGCAAGGCAAUCAGCCUCAAGCAGUACUCCUCUUGGUGUGUGUGUAUGUGUCUUGUGUUGCACUAGUGAGUACGUAUGUUACUAGUGAGUUGAGUGCAAGUACUACCGUUAGAUAGUCAGGACCCUCUGGUCUCAGUAGUUCUGGGCUAACAACGCGCCGGUGCCCAGGCGCCUUGCAUCCAUCUACAGCGAGGUGCAGACGAGCCGCAUCGCGCACACGCUGCCCCUCCCCUCCGUCCUCCGCUCCCACUUCACGCUCGCCGACGAGCCGGCCAGCACCGCCGCUAGAAGCCCCGACGAGAUAGCCAAGCUGUUCUCCAGCCUGCACGGCCGCUGUCCACGGCCGUGCUGCCGUCGGCCGAGCCCGUCGCGACGAAGCCGCUCAAGAUAGGCAUCGUGCUUCCUGGUGGCCAGGUUCCAGGGGGACAAUGGAUCGACUUCUUUGUGUAACAGAUUACCUGCAGGAGGGUGCCAAAGGCAGCACCAUGUAUGGAUUAAGGGAGGCCCGCUGGUGUCAUGAAGGGCAACUACGUCGAGCUGACUGCUGAUUUCGUGUACCCCUACGGAAACCAGUCGUCAGAGAUUCAGAAUUCUUGCUGUAUCAUGGGUGCACUAUCAGAGAUGGUGAAUGCUUUAGACGCUCUAAACUUUUUUUCCCGGGGGGAGGGGGCCUGAGAGGGGUUAGCUUCUAUUGGUUCCUCUGUUCACUUUUUUUUUCUGACGAGAGGUUCUGCAAGUUCCCUCAGUGAAGCCUUAUGUCCAAGAAUAAAUUACCUACGUUUGAGUGCGAGUAAUGUACAACAGUUUGUAAUUUUUCAUUUGUAUUUUUUCCUCGAACAAGAAUUGGUGGUUGGUAUUCAGUUAUUUUUUAUAUGCCGACAAUGUUUUUUCUGCAUAUCGAUUAACUGUCCGUUUACAUAAAGAAAGAAGUUUGUGAUUCUCUGAGCCAA